CUGAAGAGAGGGCAGCGCAGAAGGCUGCAGAGCCCAGAAAUACUUUGGCACAAGGCUGUGCUUAAUAUAGAUCCCAGGCAGAUAGGGAUUGCUGCAUUACUACUUCGGGCUGUACUGUGGAAACUUCCUCCGGGAAGAUCGAGGGACUUAACAGGGAGCGAAGUCUCCAGCCGAAGCCUAAAGUUGCGUAGCGAUCUUCUAUCUAAUUGUUGCACUACAGAAGGCACCAUGUCAGACUGCAGCCACGAACCUGAUGACAUAGACCCUGACAGUGGCGAACUGGACGAGGACGAAAUCCUCGCGACUCUGUCUCCCGAAGAAUUAAAGCAACUGCAAAACGAUAUGGAAGAUCUCGAGCCCGACCCGCUUGUGCCCCUAGGACAGAGACAGAAACAUCAUACAGAGAAAACCCCCACAGGCUCCUUCGAUCACAGGUCCCUGAUUGACUACUUGUACUGGGAGAAGGAAUCGAACCGACUCUUGGAGGAAGAAAGGAUCCCGGCUAUUCUGCUGGACAGUGAGCAAAGUCUAGCAAAGAAAACUGAAGAAGAACGACAAGUUGAAAAGGAGUGUGAGGGGGGAAAGAGUAAAAGUGAAACAAGAAACAGAGAUGAAGAAGAAGCGAGUGCCGAACAUCUGAAUGGAAAUGGCCAGAGGACUCAGCAAGUGGAAGAUGAUAAACUGGAGAGCAAAGAGAUCAAAUACAAAUCAGAGAAAGAGAAGGAGACAAUGGAGAUGAUGAAGACACAGCAAAAUAGAGAUCUGCCAGUGCCUGAACCUGAACCUGAAUACCAGGGCAGUGACCAGCAGGAGGGAUCAGAGAAGAACAACCCAGAGCAACUUGCCAACCAGUGGAAGAUUGAGGACACCAUUCCAUUGUGCAACAAGACAGAGUUGGGUUCCUCCACUGAAGAGCAGCUUGAAAGCAGUGACAGCAAGAAAGGUGGCGAAGAAGAAACUCCCACACCACCUAAAGAAGGCCAGGAAAAUACAGAGGUGAAACCAGGCAAAGGAAAGGCAGGAAAGAAGCUAGGUUUGGACAGUAGUUUCCUCAAACUGACUGCAAGGCCUUCAGGAAACCCAACACUUUUAGAUGAGUCACUGGGAGAUAUUCGCAAAAACAAACCUGAUCUUAAAGAGGUCAACCUGAACAAUGUGGAAAACAUCCCUAAAGAUAUGUUGAAAAGCUUCGUGGAAGCUUUGAAGAAGAACAAGCAUGUCACUACAUUCAGCAUCACUAACACGGGCGCUGAUGACGAAAUUGCUUUUGCCAUAGCCAACAUGCUAAGAGAGAACAAAAAAAUUGUUACUCUCAAUAUCGAGUCCAACUUCAUCACAGGCAAGGGCAUUGUGGCUAUCAUGAGGUGCUUGCAGUUCAAUGAAAUUCUCACUGAGCUGAGGUUUCACAACCAGAGACAUAUGUUGGGUCACCAUGCUGAGAUGGAGAUUGCCAGAUUUCUCAAAGCCAACACCACCCUACUGAAGUUGGGUUAUCACUUUGAGCUGCCAGGCCCCAGGAUGGUGGUCACCAACUUGCUGACUCGCAAUCUAGAUCAACAGAGGCAAAGGAGGCUGGAGCAGCAGAGAAACCAGUUUGCACAGGAACAAGAAAUGAUGGUGAAUGCCUAUCAGAAAAUCUCCCCUGGCCUGCUGGAGAUGUUGGGUGGAUAUGUACCCAAUCUCUCCACCUACUAUGAAGAACCUCCCCUCCCACCAAACACCUUUUACAAUCGCCCGAAAAACAAUGUUCAACGAGUGCAACUCAGGAAAACUCCCAAAAAACAAAGUAAAAAUAAAGUUGGUCAAGACAGAACAGAUGGGAAUGACAAGCCAAACCUGAAGGCAAUGCUAAGGUCACUAAAGCCAGUUCCCAGGAGUCGGCAAGCACCUUUAAUGGAAGAUACCCCUCGAGACCUGUUGUUAAAUGAUAUUCGUCAGAGCAACGUGGCAUAUUUAAAACCUGUUCCACUUCCAAAGCUGUUGAGUUAGUCUUGUAAACGUGGUGAGCCAGUACGCCAGCUGUUUAGCCAAAAUUUCAGACUUGUGCAACAAUAGGGAUGGAGUGUCAUAAUAAAACAUGGACAGUUCCCUACUGUUAGCAUAUCUGUGUGGGAACAAUUAAGAACAGUUUAAAAGGUUUUUUUUGCAUUAAACAAACUAUGUGCACUAAAAACCUAUUGCCUCAGAAAGCUAUUUAUUCACUUUGAUUUGUAUCUGGAAUGUAUUAUAAAAUAAAACGAAGCAUUAGUUUCA